UCACAGACCCGAAUUCGAGUGCAUCACACAAAAAAGUGCGUGAGAUAGGCCCAGAUACUUAAUACGGGAACCUGCUUUUGUUUUUGUUUUCUCUUCUCUCUCUCUCUCUCUCUCUCUUUCACUCUCACUCUCACACUUUCUCUUGCACACAGCACCCCCUCCACACACACACACGCAUCCAGCGCACUGUAUCUAGCGUGUAUGGACCGGGCUGAAUACUGGAGGACAACCAACGAUCCACACUCUCCUACACACCGAUCUCCCGAGCAGCCGCCUCGCGCGCUAGCCGACGUUGGCCUGGAAGAGUGCGGUGGCGCACAGAAUAGAUAUAUUCGACAGAUGAUACAACGGUACCAAGAGAGCCAGGCCCAGGAGGAGAGCCAUGGUCCUCCCGGUGUACGUUUUCAAGACGACCGUGGGCCAGGCAUCCGGCCAGGAGCCAUGAAUUUUCAAGAUAACUAUGCCGCCACUAACAAUAACAACAUCGCCGCCACCACCACCACCACUACGACGACAACAACAAGAGCGGUCGAGCCGCAGACACCACUUUAUAAUGAGAUUUACGAAUCGACUGAAUCGUCGUCCUCGCUGUCUUCGCCUCUAUCCUCGUCGGGCAAAACCGCACGGUACCGGAGCUUUGACGAGUUGAAAUUUACUUAUCACGGGCACCAAGCUAAUGAGGAUGAGGACGACGACGACGAUGAAGAUGACGCUGACGAUGAAGAGAAUAAUAGCGUAGUGACGCCUAGUACAACAAAGGAGGAGUAUCAAACAACUACCCGGAGCGCGCUGUCGAGCCUAAACAAUAACAGUGCAUGGGGCAGCGUUUGGGACGACUAUCAGCCGGAAUACAAGCUGCUGCACGAGAGCUACCAAUCCAAAAAGCAAGACAUUUUCAAAGAUAUCGAACACACCAUGGAAAAGUUGCGGCUGCUCGAAAAGAACUACGAGCAUGCAAAAGACAGUUUCCAUAAUCGUCUUGCCACUGAUUACAAGGAACUGUGCAAGGGCCUUGUGCAGAAACGUAACCGAAUUGAUAAGACUAAAGCCGAGUUUGAAGCCGCGGCCAGCGCCGGGAAUGGUAACACACACACACACUCGCACACACACACACAUCCAUCCAUCCCACAGAAUAGCAACACUCACCCGAUUGUUGGGUAAACCUUUUAGACAAAGCGACGUUUCUUACCGAAAAAGUCAAGCUAAACGUAGGCGGUACUAUCUUUGAGGUAAUCACUGUUUCUGUUCGACGCAUUAACAAAAGCGACAUUUUGAGUGACAUUCUGUCAUAUCAGACAUCCUUGAGCACACUGCGGAGAGAAGAAUCAAGCUUACUAGCCACCAUGUUUUCCGGCCGUCAUGCCCUCGAACCUGAACACGACGGCUCAUAUUUCAUCGACCGAGAUCCGUUACGGUUUCGAUUAGUACUGAACUAUCUAAGAGAUCUCAGAGUAAGUAAUAACUCUGUUUGGAGAUCAUUUCCAAGAAUCACAUAAACAUUAACUUGAGUCUGUGAUCUAACUACAUAUA